CGCCUCCUCACCGCUAACACUCAUCUUCUCGACGACUCUAGCCGUUGCCCGCCCCUCGCACGUCUAUCCACUUAUUCUAACGCCUCAAUCUAGUCGAUAUGGCCCGUACUAAGCAAACUGCACGCAAGUCUACCGGAGGCAAGGCCCCUCGUAAGCAGCUCGCCACUAAGGCCGCGCGCAAGACCGCCGCCACCGCCGCUGCGACCGGUGGUGUGAAGAAGCCUCAUCGCUUCAGGCCCGGUACCGUUGCCCUCCGUGAAAUCCGUCGCUACCAGAAGUCGACCGAGCUCCUCAUCCGCAAGCUCCCCUUCCAGCGUCUCGUUCGUGAAAUUGCCCAAGACUUCAAGACGGAUCUCCGCUUCCAGUCCUCCGCCGUUAUGGCUCUACAGGAGGCCGCCGAGGCCUACCUCGUCUCGCUCUUCGAGGACACUAACUUGGCCGCCAUCCACGCCAAGCGUGUCACCAUCCAGCCCAAGGACCUGGCCCUUGCCCGUCGCCUCCGUGGCGAGCGUGCUUAAGUAAACCCGGCACGUGCUGGUCUUAUUCAAGAGCGGACUGAGAGCUCUCAGUGUUAUAUAUGUCCUGCAGUUUCUUGCUACCCGACGUCAUUCGUGUUCAUUAGCUGUAUUGUAUUUGUGAAUGUUUACGGUCCAUGAUCUAGUUAUGCCUCGGUGAAUGACCAGAUCAUAUUUAUCUGCGCU